AUGACCUCGCUGCUGCUCACAGCGUUCGCGGUGGUCACAGGAUACAUCGGAUUGCGCUUCUUGCGCGGGCUUUUUACUCCCAGACCUCAAUUCGAGCAGCUCCCCGGGCCGGAGUCUGUAUCAUGGGUCACAGGUAACAUCGGUAAACUAUUCCAGUGCGACGCCUGGGAUUAUGUUCGACACCUAUCUGAGGCGUAUGGCCAAACGUGCCUCAUCCACAACCUCUUUGGCGCGAAAGGACUGCUGACGUACGACCCGAAGGCAAUGCAUGCCAUCUACAUCAAAGAUCAAGACAUCUGGCAAAGGAGCAACAUGUCGAUAGAGGCUGGAAUGGCCCUCUUCGGUCCGGGGCUGCUCUCAACGCAAGGCGAGAUACACCGGCGCCAGCGCAAGAUGCUCAACCCCGUCUUCUCCGCGAAGUACAUGCGCGAAAUCACGCCCUUCUUCUACCAGAUCGUCCACAAGGUGCGCAUCGGACAGCACCCUUCCCGCUCACAGCGCACCCUCGCGCUUACACACACGUUCUCGAAGCUGGAAUCCGCGAUGGCCACGCGCGUCCGCGCCGGGCAAGAGGAGCUCGACGUCGUAGGCUGGAUGGGGCGCGCCGCGCUCGAGCUCGUCGGCCAGGGUGCGCUCGGGCACAGCUUCGACCCGCUCGUGGAGGACACGAAGGACGAGUUCACGGAGCACGUCAAGUCGUUCUUCCCGUCGAUCGCCGACAUCAUGUACGGUUUCGCGUUCCUUACGCUUUUCAAGGACGUCCGAGGCCCGUCUUGGCUGCGCAGGCUUGUCGUGCGGCUCUGGCCGGACCCGGCAGUGCAGCGCGUGCGGCGCCAGGUGGAGAUGAUCUACGCGUUUGCGCAGAGGCUGGUUGCGGAGAAGAAGAAUGCGGUCGAGCGGGGAGACGAGGCGCUUUUACACCGGAUCGGGGAGGGCAAGGACGUCAUGAGCGUCUUGCUGCGUGAGAAUAUGGCAGCUUCUGAGGAAGAUAGGCUUCCUGAGGAGGAGUUGGUGGCGCAGAUAGCGACGUUCAUCGUGGCAGGUGUGGACACAACAUCGAACGCUCUCGCCCGCGCGCUUGAUAUUCUGUCGGUUCGCCCGGAGGCCCAAGAGCGGCUUCGGCACGAAGUGCUCGAGGCUCGCGAGCAGUACGGGCAGGAGAUCCCGUACAACGAGCUGAGCUCGCUGCCCUACCUGGACGCGGUCUGUCGCGAGACAAUGCGUCUGCACCCUUCGGUCACGUUCACACAGCGAGCAGCCAAACAAGAUACCGUCCUCCCGCUCAGCGUGCCUGUGAACGGCAUCGACCACAUUGCAGUGCCGAAGGGCGUGGAGGUCCUCACGAACAUCGCCGCGUGCAACACGAACAAAGCGCUCUGGGGUGACGACGCGUACGAGUGGAACCCGGACCGGUGGUUGCGUCCGCUCCCAACCGCGGUCGAGGAAGCGCGCAUUCCCGGGAUCUACGCGAACUCAUUCUCGUUCGGCGGCGGAGGGUACUCGUGCAUCGGGUUCAAAUUCUCGCAGCUCGAGAUGAAGGUUGUCCUGUCGUCGCUCAUCGCUUCUUUCCGCUUCGAACGCAGCUCGAAGGGGUUCGUUUGGAAUCUCGCGGGCGUGGCCUUCCCUACUGCGGGCUUCGGCGACAAGGACCCAGAGAUGUUUCUCAAGGUAACAUGUGUCAACCUUGCGUAG